UUAAGCAAUAACUUCUUCUUUUCCAAAAAUGGCUGCCGCUUUUCCCAACCAAUAUUUGCAUCCAACUUCCAUCCAUCCAUGCUUUUCCAUGAGUUCGAGUUCCAGAUACAAGGGAUUAAGCAGCAGCAGUCUACUACAUCCUGUCAAACCUUGUAGGUUAGAAUCCAUAAGAACAGCUACUGAUCCUAACAAUCAUGAUACUUAUGAAGAAAAUGUUUCGAUUAACUGGAAUUGGGUCAGCUCAUCGUUUAGAUUCAUGGAAGAGCAACUGAUUGGAAGGUUCGUUGACCAAAAAUCAUCUCCGGCGAGGAACACGACCGUGGAUAUGAACCGGCUCGUUGACUUCUUGUACGAGGACAUACCACAUGUAUUUGAUGAUCAAGGGAUUGAUCAUACUAUGUAUGAUGAAAAUCUUCGAUUUCGAGACCCGAUCACAAAAUAUGACAGUAUUUAUGGCUAUCUUGCUUAUAUUUUUAUGUUGAAGAAUCUUUUCAAGCCAGAGAUUCAGUUGCACUAUGCCAAACAGACAGGACCUUAUGAGAUAUCAACGAGGUGGACCGCAGUGAUGAAGCUAAUGACCGUACCUUGGAAACCUCGGCUAGUUGUAACAGGAACAUCUAUCAUGCAUAUCAAUCCGGAGAACCAUAAAUUCUGCAGUCAUGUUGAUAUAUGGGACUCCAUAGAGCAAAAUGAAUAUUUUUCAAUAGAGGGAUUGAUGGAUGUUAUAGAACAGCUAGGAAUUUCCAUGAACCCGGAUUCAGAAUCUCCACAUUAUCAAAUACUAAAAAGAACUUCAGAUUAUGAGGUUCGACAGUACUCUCCCUUUGUUAUCAUAGAAACUGAAGGAGGAAAUGAGCUCUCAAGUUCUACCGGAUACGUUCAAGCAUUCGAGACAUAUGCACAAUCGGAAAUAUCCACCCGAAGUCAUUUCCUGCCACUAGACAAAGAUUUCAGCAGAUCCUACAACAGUGAAGAACUUACCUUGAAAAGGAUUGAAGAAGGCUUUGCCGUGGUAUCAAAUUUCUCUGGAAAUCCCACUGAGGAGAUUGUUAUCAAACAAAUGAAGAAACUUCGUUGUGCGCUUCUAAGAGAUGGUCUAGAACCUAAAGAAACUUUCUUGCUUGCUCGAUACAAAGACUCAAGUGGCAAAUAUAAAAUGAGGAAUGAAGUGUUGAUUUGGCUUGAGGAAUUCAGAUUGGAUUAGUUAGAUUUUAGUCACUCGGCUACACAUAUGUACUGGUUAUGGUUGUAACCCCCAUACUUCUGUGGACACUAAAUUGGUCGGAAGUGCGAGCCCAUUAUGAACAAGUUGUACAUAUAAUUAGGGUUUGUACACUAUACUUAUUAAGGGGGAUAAUGUUCAAUGUGCUCAGUCUGUCACCAGGGGUAAGUCUAAGCCUAUUGUCACACCUCCAAAUGCCUCUUGUAAAUUUCUGCCGAAGUGUAACUCGACAGCGUUAAUCAAAUUUCAUCCACCUGCGCUUCAGCCUUAUAAAUUUGCACCAA